CUUUAAUGGUAUGGAGUGUUCAUGCUUGUACUUGAAUAGUCAUGGAUAGUACAUACAAUGCAUGUAUUGCAAUUCAUAAUGUUACUUGCAUCAUUGAUGUAUUGGACUUGUUGAAGGGUGGUCAGAUAGAGUGAUGAAGAUUGAUUUCUUAACAAUGUAGAAAGCAAGCAUAAAUCUCCCACCUGCAACAAUGUUCGAUGUGGAGGAGUCGCCCGUGUCAUCACGGAAACGUGAGCCAGUGCCCGCCAUGAGUUACCACCCAACAGUACUCUCAGAGUACAUCAAGUGCGUUGUUGUUGGUGACAGUGGUGCUGGCAAGACAUGCCUGAUUACCUCCUGGGCGUGCGACACAGCGUACCGUCUCGACCAGCUGGUGAAGACACAUGUGUCCACGGUGUGGGCCCAUGAUCACUACAGGCAGGAUCCACAUAUUCUAAACAAGUCUGUGGUUGCUGUUGAUGGGGGCUACGUCUCGUUACGUCUCUGGGACACGUUUGGCUACCAUGAUAAGGACCGAGGCUUUGCUUACAGAGGGGCAGAUGUAGUUCUCCUGUGUUACAGCGUGGUGAUGGGCCGCUCAAUCAACAACCUAAAGAAGGUUUGGAUCCCAGAGAUCCGUCGCCGCGCCCCGACCACACCCGUUGUCCUUGUUGGUUGCCAGGCAGACAUGCGAUACCUCUACAAAGAUGAGCAGUACCAGAAACUCCACAAGGGACUCAUGUACAAGGUUGUCAAAGAGAGUGAUAUUGUUACCCCCGACCAGGGACGGGCUGUUGCCAAGGAAAUUGGUGUUCCAUAUUACGAGUGCAGUGCAUACACCAAGUUUGGUGUGGAAGAUGUGUUUCUUAAUGUGAUCAGAGCAGCCAUGGUUGAAAAGCGUAAGAUUCGCUUUUGGAGUACAUUUUUGCGGCGCAUCCAGUACCCACAACUUCAGGCACCCAUAAAACUGCCACCAUUGCAGAUGCCAAAAAUAGAAAUUCCCCUGGAAACUUUGCAUGAGGACUUGAGUAAUUUACUCAGCAAUGAAUCUGAGGGUGAUGUUGUGUUUGUAGUCAGAGGCCAGAAAUUUUGGGCUCAUAAGAUUUGUCUUGCUGUAAGUGCUAAGACUUUCGAGGAACUGUUUUUAGAGAGUGAUGUCUUUCAUCAGAGAAGUGGCCAUAAAUCUCUUCAGCGAUCACUAUCUAGUCAGAAUGCUCGCCCAGCAAAUCAGAACAUGAAUACAUCAAGCAGUGCAGAUGGAAUCUCACACAUGAUUCAUCAGCAUGCUGAGGAUGUUAAAAAUCGUAAUCAGAUUGACUUUCAAAUUCCUGUGCAAUCUGCCUUCCUUACAGUGGAGGAGCAGGCAACAGAAAACCCUCACAAGCCAGGAAAGAUUACACAUCAAACAGUGGUUACCGUCAGAAAUGAGAUAACUCCUAGGGCCUUUGAGAUUAUUCUUGAAUAUCUCUAUCAAGGGACAGUGCGUAGGGAGACUAACUGUUUCGAUGAAGUUCUUACCGCAUGUGGUUUCCUGCACCUUCCUUACCUGGCUAUCAUAAUCUCCAAUAUCGCAUCAGCUGAAGAGUAUUUGAAUGUUGAGUUGGAGAGAAAAUUUCAUGAGCAUCGAAGAAACAAGCUGAGGGAGAUAGCUCUCCAGAAAGAGCAGCUGUCAGACGUGCGUUUCCUACUGGAUGACGGGGCUGUACGGGCCCACAAGCCCCUGCUGAUGUCUCGCUGUGAGAUGAUGUACGCCAUGUUCAAUGACAACUUCAUGGAGGCUGCUGCUGACAGUAUUUUACUUCCUGGUGUGUCAAGGGAUAUAUUUCUGGCACUGCGGGAAUUUCUGUAUACUGGAGAAUGCCCAACAGGGGCCACGCUGAACUGCCUGGGUAUUAUCGAGGCUGCGAACCGACUGUGCCUGCCACGACUGGUUACAAUGGUUGAGGCUGCGGCAGUGGACGACCUCUCACAGGCAGAUAAGGAAGGCGAGGACAUAAUUGAGGAUGUUCUGAAUCUUCUUGAGCCUGCACAGCUGCACAACGCGCCCCAACUCAGCGACUGGUGUAUGAAGUAUCUGUGUAACCACUUCCUUAUCAUCCGACAAAAGUACCUGAAACAGUUCCACAAACUGUCUGCCGAAAACAUCAAGUUUCUCGACUGCAACAGAUGGCCCCCUGAGUGGUACAUCAAAGAGCAGAGUUAUUACGAGGACAUGCAGAUCCUAGCAAUGAAGAACAAGCGUCGAGGCAAGGGUCCCAUACAGCUGAAGCAGCAGUUUUCGCGCUUGGAUCAGUGUUCCAACGCUGCUAGCUGCCUUUGCUUCUGUCGCCGCAGCAAGAUCGCCGCUGAUGAAAAGGAGAAUGGCUCAUUUGAUUGGUCGGAUAGACUGGAUGAAUAGUUUAGAUUGGUUAGAUUGUUUAUAUGUACAGUGAUUGUUGAUUGGUUGUAUCAACUUGAUGACUAGUUUUGAUUGGUUGAAUAUAUUAGGUGGAGAGUGUUGGUUACUUAAUGGAUUGGAUUGUUUAGAUCAACUCUAACCCUAGUGUUCAUUUGUUGCAUCAAUAAUUUAAAUUGUGUUCAUUAGUAAUUAAUUGUGUCAUCAUUAUAACAAUGAGUUGUAUUCAGGAGGUUAGUUUUGGGUUCUCUCAUGGCGAGUCAUUCGGUAGUUAUGUAAUAAUUAAUACACAAUGUAAUGUAUUUCACUUUUGCUACAAAAUGUUCAAGGACAAGAGAUUUUUAUUGCAUGAAUAAUAGCUGAAAAUUUAAAAGAAGCCAUUUCCAUAUGACAAAAAGUAAUUUAAUAAAUUAGUAGUAUGUGUACACUUGAUUAAUUAUAAGCAAAUAGCUUGUGAUAUGUUUGGCAUUAUUUAUGCUCAAUCCUACACUACAGUCAAACCCCAUUGGCUCGAUUUUCAUCUUUGGAAUGAACUGGAUGUAAAGCAAGGAUUUAUUUCUACUGAAAGUAAACAUUCCCACAUGGCUCGAAUUUCCCCAGGCUCGGUGUAUUUUCGUCGGUCCCUUGGAGUUCGAGCCAACGAGGUUUGACUGUAUAUGAACUCUGAAAGGCUACUCCUCAUUAUGAACUUGCAGUUUUCUUACUAAGGUAUGUCAAGCCAAUAUAAUGGAAGGGGCAUUGCCCUGUCUGUAAGGCCAUCAGUUCAUUUUUGAAAUUCCACUUAAUCUGAAUGAAUUAAUCUGGUUGAAUUUAUAAAUUUAGCUUUUAUUGCUGAACUUAAUCAACCUUUUUAUUGUCCCCUUUACAUAUGCAUGUUAAUUUAAUCAGUUAAAUUUCUACAGUUUUUAAGAAUACUGUUCUAUUGGUGAAUAUAGACCUUCUGUAAAUACUUCUUGUCCUGUUUUAAACAAUUGAUAACUUCAUCCGGUGAAAACUAGUUUUGGGAGGUUUUAAAAACCAUGUGAGUGAUGUGUGUUUUUAUUUUGUUUAGUGCAGGAGUAUUUUAUUUUUAGAUUGUUGAAACUGUUGUUAGGCUUCCAAUUCAAGCUUGGUUUGUUAGCUCGUUGUUUGUUUUUUUAGAAAGUUUGAGGUAUUGUCAUAGCCUUGGUACUUAAACAUUUACCUUGGCCAUAAUUAAAAAAACUGUUUUUAAAAUAUGUGUUCACAUGUUACCAGUAACAAUAUGGCCAUGUGUAUCAAGGUCCAUUACUUUGGCUUUAAUAUGGAUGGUUUAACGCUCCUUUAUCGACUUAAAAAAAAACAGGUGACCAUUGGCAUCUGGUUACGGUGCUCCUGUUUAAGGUACAUGUAUUUACCAUUUAUCAUGUUUAUAAGCAACUUGUAAAAUAUCUGUAAAAAGCAUUGAACAUGCUCAUUUCUGUACAAACUUUUACCUUUGAAGGUAAAAUAAUUUGUUAUACAAAAUUGCAAGUAUCAAUUUCAAUUUUUAUAAUACCUAUCAAUUAUCAAGUCAUCUUUCUAACCAUGUUGAUAAAUGUGUUAUCAUGUUGUGCAAGGGACCUUUUUGCAUCACCCUGAAAGCAUGGCAGACACCAAGGGACUACUUUGUUAAGUGUCAUCAUUUGCAUAGUUUUCACACUUUCAUAUAAGAUUGAUAACUUUUGAACAAAGAGUUUUUAAACUUGCUAUGAAAAUUGGUCAAAGUCAGUAGGUCGAAGGUCAAGGUCUUGGUGACGUUUAGGUGAAAAAUGAUGGGCAGGUGACACAUCCGAUUCUAGCUAAAGCAAAGGAUUCUACACCAUCCUUUUUUUUGUCUUUCAUUUAGUAUAUUUUGUGUAUUUUACUUGAAUUUUGUGUAUUUCGUAGCAGGGUUUGUGGGUUGUUUUAUCAUCAAGUGUUGUACAUGCUAUAAUAAUGGAUACUAGAUCUUGGUAAUAAUCUUGCCUUUCAAUUAAACUGCCAUAUAAAAAUAUCAUAGGUGUCAUCAUUGGUUUCAUUGAUUUCAAUGUGGAGUGAAUAUAUUGUGUCAAAUAACUUGCAGUGUAAACUUGUAUAUUUGAUUUGAAAACAUUGUGAAUCCUCAUGCUUCUAUUUGUGUGUGUGUAUGGGUUUGGGGGCAGAUGUUGAUAGGGUGGGGACACAACCAUGCUAUUUUGACACACAUUUUGUUGUCUAAAUCCCACCUAUGGAGGAUCGAAAUCUGUUGAAAUCUCUGGGAUCAGUGUGGGCAUUUUUUUUUUAAGAUCAGUGGGAUUAUUGUAGUUUGAUUAUUUAUAUAAAUUGAGCUGUAGUAUUUCUAAGAAUCUCAAAUGAUCUUGUGUAACAGAUUUGAGAUACCAAUAAUGAUAUUUAAUGCUGGACUACAGGCAUAAAUCUUAGGAAAAGAACCCAAUAGGUAAAAUACCCAAGUUGAAGUUCAUGUAAUUGAUUGCUCUAAAUAGAUUUUUUUAAUUCAAUUUAACUUCAGUACGGUGUUUUUCCUUUAUGUAUUGUUAGUGGGCACUUUGUUGGAUACUGCAUUCUUAUAUUUUUAAUAUAAUGCAAUUCUGUUUUUACACUGUCAUUUAAAAAGCAAAUGAGGAAAGUUUUGAUAUGAGACUUAAUCAGUUCAGAAACUUUUAAGUUCUAAGAUUAUAUGAACGUUUAUGUCGACAGCAAUGCCUUUGAUUUUUUGUUUGAAUGUAAUAUUCACUGCAAUUGUAAUAUUUUUUUAAACUGUUGAUUUGCAACACAAAUGAGCUUUAAAACACAAGCUCAUUUACCACAGGGAAUGGGUGGGGCAGUCUGAUCAACGAGUGUUCGACAGAAUAUCGACUGAAUAGGAUAGGAUCAAAUGUCAAUGUCAAAAAUUAAAUACAAAAUUGUACUUCCAAAUUAAAGCCUUGCAAUCAUUGUCGUUGGCAUAGUUGUCGGCGUCAACGUGCAAAAACUUAACUCUCUGAAUCUGUCCAUGAGAUUCAAAGAAAACUGACUUCGCAUGCUGCCAUCGAUAAUAUGCUCAUGUUAAGCAAGGCCUAUAACUCUGGCUUUAAUAGUUGUCAAGCUAUGCCCCUUUUUGAUAUAAAAAACACUAACAGAAGAGUGUUGGUACCUGUUAACGGUAGUCUUAUCGCAGGAAGUUGGUGGGUUAUGAGAGGUUUCCAUUAAUGAGCAAUUCAUCAUUAACAAGGGGAACAUAAUGCAGUUUUUUCUUAAUGUGGCACUCCCACAGAUAGAACAUUUUGACAACUUUUUUUAUUUUUUGUCUUGGAACGCACCAUUUUUUUUGCAAAAAUCCAUUACAACCAGUUGUAUAAGACUGCUGAAAAAAUAUUAGAUCACAGAUUUUUAUAUUUAAAUUCAAUAAUUUAUAUUUUAUGCAUUUUUCUUAAACUGUUAGUAACGGUUUAAGCCAUUAAACAUUAAUUUUUGAACAGAAAUAUGAAAAUCUGCCAUCUGAUCUUUUGUCAGCAAUGUUUUAGCAUGGGCUUGCAGAUAUUUAUGCAAAAAUUUGCCCUUUCCAAGACAAAAAAUUAAAAAGUUGUAAAAAUGGUAUAUCUGUGAGAGUGCAGCUUUAUAAUUCAGUGUUUGAAAAAAAAAUGGGGCAUUUUGAAUAAGUUGGUCAGGACAUUGAAAACAAAUAUUUUUGAAUUUAAGUCAGUGCCCACUGCCACCUGGUCGAUCUGAACACAUUAUUAUCAGUUUACCAAAUAACUGCUGCAGCUUUUAUCUAUGAUAGUGCUAUUUGCUUUAAACGAUCUUUUAUCAGCAACCUUUUGUUAAGUACCGCUCACAUGAAUAUAUUAAGAUAUAAACCCUUUACUGUUUUAAGGUAUUGCUAUAGCCUAUAUACAUGUGUAUGCGAAUGCUUACCUCUGAUAUAUAUAUAUGUAUGUGCUCAUAAAUAAUUGACAUGUGAAUUACAUGGACAUGUCAGUGCUUAUUCUUUUAAAAAAGUGCUGAAUACAUCUACCAGUUUACAUCUUACUAGUUUAAUAGUUCGGAAAGUGCUUACAUUCAGUUAAUUUACCCUUUUUAAAAGUGCUUUGGUUAAUUAACAUUCUUUGUGGAUACAUGAACUUUCUGUUAAGUUCAACCAGGGUAAGAUUCAAUAUUCAACAUUGAUUGUGAUAUUUUAAGGCCUCCAGCCCAUACAGAUAUAACAAAAACACAGGAAAAGUAUAUCAGUAAAACAUUUUCAGGGUAUGUUUUGUGGUAUCAAUUGAAAAAAGUAUUUAUCUCCCUUUGUAUUUUUUUUACAUUUUAUCUAUACAUGUAUAUGAUUGUCAUGGAGACACACAUGCAUGCUGGGUCUUCAUAGUUUAUUUUUCUCUUUAACAAUAACCCUUUUUUACCCUUUUCUAAGAAAAACCUGUGUACAAUGUUCAUUCUAUAUCACAUAGAUCUGUUCCCAUGUUUCCCCUUUUUAAUCAAAUAUCUUAUUAUUGUUGUAUUCUGUGAUUGAUAACAAAAUGGUAUUAUGUUGAUUGUGUAUAAUUGUGCUGAUUAAAUCUUCAUGUCUCAUUAAAUGCCUAUCAUUAUAGAGGCAAAAAUUA